UAGAAGAACUCAAAGUAACAACAUUCUUCAUCUUCUUCAUUACAGUGCCGCGUGCGACGAACUCAUUAAGCAUCCUCCAAUAUUAGCAGAUGCAUAUCGUUAGUCCUCUAUCACUUCCAAUCUCAUUUUUGUCACUUUUUAAAUGCUUUACACAUCUUAUUGUUGUUCUCUCAAUACAUAGAAUCUCGAGAGAUUUCGUUCUAAUUAAUAAAACUUGUCAUUCAAAAAAUUUCGGAAUCGGGUAGUAUAAAAUAGUAGUAGUUCAUUGUAUGCAAUGUGUUGGAAUUAGAAAGGGACAAAUUGUGUAGUUGAUUUAUUUAUUUCAUGCAGAGGAAAAGACAAACGAAGGGUUUUAGUUUUUGACUUUGGUUAAUUCCAUUUUCAUGAUUGAACGAAAAAAUGAUGAAUAAAUUCAAAAAUGGUUUUCUUCCAUUGAUGAACCUUCAAUUUCAAUAUCGUGGCAUUGCAAAAGUACGUUUAAAAUGGGUAAAAAAUCGAAGCCUAGAUCACAUAAUCGACAAAGAAACCGAUCUAAAAGCUGCAUCACUUCUCAAAGAUGCAAUCAAACGUUCCUCCACCGGUUUCCUCACUGCCAAAACCUUCACCGAUUGGCAAAAGCUUCUUGGAUUAACAGUUCCCGUUCUCCGAUUCAUGCGAAGGUAUCCAACUCUCUUUCACGAAUUCCCUCACCUUCGUUGGAACUCUCUUCCUUGUUUCCGAUUAACCGAAACUGCACAAUUGUUAGAUUCACAAGAACAAAGCAUUUACACUCUUCAUGAAAAUGACACUGUUGAGAGACUCUCUAGGUUACUCAUGAUGACGAAAACUCGUACUGUUCCGUUACAGUCUCUUUAUCCUCUUAAAUUUGAUUUAGGUUUUCCUGAUUCGUUUGAGAAAACCCUAAUUCCUAAAUAUCCUGAGAAAUUUCAAUUUGUUAAGGCUUCUAAUGGUGUUUCCGCGAUUCGUCUGAAGGAUUGGUGUGAUGAAUUUGCGGUUUCGGCUUUGCAGAAGAGUAAUGAGUGUGAGAGUGAGAGUGGGACUGAUCAGUAUAGAGAGUUUAAGAGAGGGAAAACGGCGUUGGUUUUUCCGAUGAGGUUUCCAAGAGGUUAUGGUGGACAAAAGAAGGUUAGGUUUUGGAUGGAUGAGUUUCAGAAAUUGCCUUAUAUUUCACCUUAUGCUGAUUCUUCUAAGAUUGAUCCUAAAAGUGAUUUGAUGGAGAAGCGUGUUGUUGGGGUUUUGCAUGAGAUUUUGAGCUUGUGUUUGCAUAAGAAAACUAAGAGGAAUUACUUGAGGAGUUUGAGGGAGGAGUUGAAUCUUCCUCAUAAGUUUACUAGGAUUUUUACUAGAUAUCCUGGGAUCUUUUAUCUUUCGUUGAAGUGUAAAACGACUACUGUUACUCUUAGAGAAGGUUAUGCGAGGGGGAAAUUGAUUGACCCGCAUCCACUUGCUCGUCAUAGAGAUAAGUUUUACCAUGUGAUGAGGACAGGGCUUCUUUAUCGCAGUGAUGGAUCAUUGAAACUUGGGGAAGAUGCUUUGAUGGUUGAUUCUGUGGAGAAUGAUGAAAUGGGGGACGGGGAUUCUGAGGAGGAAGAAGUUGAAACAAGUGAUGAAUUCUCCAAGGAUGAAGUUUCAGACUCGGAUGAUAGUGAAUGAGGUUUUGUUUUCAAUAUGUGGAAUUGUACUUUGAAGAAAUUAUUUGCUCUCCACUUACCUGGGUAUAAGAAGUAAGGAAAGCACAACCCUCUAGAUGGUACAAAGAAGAUAGCUCAGCCAUACAUGAUAUAUCCAAUCUAUAUACAGCGUGAUCUGUGUUAUGAUAGAAGUAUAAGUUGUUUAUACAGUACUCUUUUUCUCUUCCUCGAUAUAAGGAAGCAAAAAAGGAUCGCGUACAGACACGGCAUUUCUUCCUUCUUUGGGCAUAGUGUCGAAUGAAAAUGGUAUGUAUUUGUGCGAAUGGCAUUUAGUUUAUCUUUUUAAGGCCGGCUUUGUUGAAAUUAUUUGUAAUUUUAUGUUGUACUAAUUGAUACAUUGAGAUUAGAAUAUUGUUACAAUUUUGUUAACAUAACAUUGACCAUUAGGACUGAUUUAUCGAUGUAAUAAUCUAUUUUACACAUGCACCUCAUAUAUAAUUAAUGGAAAAUGCUAUAUAUUGCGACAUUUUUAA